AUGGCAACGGACACUGCUGCUCUGCAGGACCAAGGUCCGACCAUUCUAGCUUUAUGUUGGAUCUUGGUUAUGAUCCCCGGUCUGAUCCUUGGUCUGCGAAUUUGGUGUAAGACUGCGUUGAGUGGCAGAGGAUUUGGUUUGGAUGACACAAUUGUCACAUUCGCAUGGGUAUUGCAUCUGAUUUACACGGUUCUUAUUACAAGAGCUGUGAACUUGGGAGUAAUCGGUAAACACGUAUCUGCCAUUGAGAAUCCUGAGAACAUCCCAGAGGCUCUCAAGUUGGUCUACAUCAGCUUCACGAUUCUUAUCCUGGGUUGUGUGUUCAGUAAGACGUCUUUCGCCUUUACACUGCUGCGCAUUGUGACAAAGACAUGGAUGAAGGCUCUCCUGUGGUUCAUCAUCGUCACGAUGAACGCUAUCAUGUGGCUUUGUGCGGUGAGCUAUCUGGCUCAAUGUACACCGACUGCUGCAUUGUGGAAUCCCAAGGUAGCAGCUACGGCUAAGUGUUGGCCAACCAAUGUUUUUGAAAUUAUUGCUAUCGUGGCCGGAUGUAAGUGGACUCCUUUGGGGCUAAGAAUAACAGAUACUGACUGGACAGCAGCUUACUCCGGAUGCAUGGACUUUGUUCUUGCUCUUCUUCCUUGGAUGAUCCUCUGGAAACUUGAGAUGAAGAAGCGAGAGAAGGUCGGUAUUGCUCUCGCUAUGAGCAUGGGUGUUUUUGCCGCGAUCACAUGUUUCAUCAAGACGUCUAAGCUCGUCAAUGUCGCUAUGGUCCAGGACUUUACCUACUUCUGCUCCAGCAUCGCCAUCUGGGCCUCCGCCGAAACCGGUCUCACAAUCUUUGCCGCCUCAAUUCCCACCCUCCGAAUCCUCCUCGUGCGUAUUCGCUCCAGCUACCAGCAGAGUGAAGAGAAUGAAGGCAACUACCCUCUUAGCAGCAAGUCCGGUAUCGAAACAACGCAGGAGGUGACGGUUGAACGUAACAAUAGCGAGGAGAGGGGUAUGGAGGAGGCUCAUGAGGCGCGUUGA